AUGCAGAUAGGGCUGCGCACGAUAUGGGAGAAGUGCUACGAGGAGGCGCAUGCAGUGAUCUACGUGGUGGACGCUGCCUGCCCCGAGAGAUUCGACGACGCCCGAGGGGCGCUCGUUGGGUGCCCACCUGCCCUGCUGGGGAAUGCUAUGCUAAAGAGUUCUGGAGUGCUUGUUGGGUGCUGGCCUGCUGGGGGGUUGUUGGGUGACGACAGGGAGUUGAGUGAGAGCAGGUGGUUGAGUGAGAGGGUGCGCGUGUGUGCUUUGGGGCUCAGGAAGGUGCUGAGACAUGAGGACCUGGUUGGCGCUCCAAUAUUGAUCUUUGCCAACAGUGCUUGA